UCUGUGGACAUGCCCUGGUUCUCUCUCGUCAUGGUCCAUGGGAUAAACGCACAUGUACAGGACAGCAGAUAGUAUGCCUGAGCAUUUGGCAUACCCCCGCGCACGAUGUGGCACAACACGGCACGCCUAAACAUGGGUCUCCUCUUUGCUCUCGUGUGCCUCCCCGCCGCCCUGGUGCUUUGCCACAGCAGCAUCUACGAGCGCUCUGUGGUGCCUCGUGCAGCCUCGCGGUCUGUAGCGAGGAUGGAUGGAGAUGUCAUUAUUGGAGCUCUCUUCUCUGUACACCACCAGCCCUCAGCGGAGAAGGUGGCUGAGCGUAAGUGUGGGGAUGUGCGUGAGCAGUAUGGGAUUCAGAGAGUGGAGGCUAUGUUUCAUACUUUGGACCGCAUCAACGCAGACCCGUACCUGCUGCCCAACAUCAGUCUCGGUUGUGAGAUUCGGGAUUCCUGUUGGCACUCUUCGGUGGCUUUGGAGCAGAGCAUUGAGUUCAUAAGAGACUCACUGAUCUCAAUCCGUGAUGACAAGGAUGGGUCAAAGUGGUGCAUAGAUGGUACUCCUUCCAACCAGCCGCCUCCCACCAAGAAGCCCAUAGCAGGAGUUAUCGGACCUGGCUCCAGCUCAGUGGCCAUCCAAGUCCAGAACCUGCUGCAGCUCUUCAACAUCCCACAGAUCGCGUACUCUGCCACCAGCAUCGACCUGAGCGACAAGACCCUGUUCAAGUACUUCCUGAGAGUGGUGCCCUCAGAUACUCUGCAGGCCCGCGCCAUGCUCGACAUCGUCAAGAGAUACAACUGGACCUAUGUGUCAGCCGUGCACACGGAAGGAAACUACGGUGAGAGUGGUAUGGAGUCCUUUAAGGAAAUCGCCUCUCAAGAGGGCCUAUGCAUCGCUCACUCAGAUAAGAUCUACAGUAACGCCGGAGAACGCCACUUCGACCGGCUGCUGAGGAAGCUGCGGGAGCGGCUGCCCAAAGCACGAGUGGUGGUGUGCUUCUGUGAGGGCAUGACGGUGCGCGGGCUGCUUAUGGCCAUGAGGAGGCUGGGUGUGUUCGGGGAGUUCCUUCUCAUCGGCAGUGACGGAUGGGCCGACCGUUAUGAAGUGGUUGAAGGAUUUGAACAGGAGGCAGAGGGAGGCAUCACCAUAAAGCUCCAGUCUGAGGUGGUGAAGACCUUCGACGACUAUUAUCUGAAACUAAAACUGGACACCAACACCAGAAACCCCUGGUUCCCUGAGUUUUGGCAGUACCGUUUUCAGUGCCGCCUGGCCGGACACCCCCAGGAGAACAAGAACUACAAGAAGCUCUGCUCCGGUAACGAGAGCCUCCAAGAGAACUAUGUGCAGGACAGCAAGAUGGGCUUUGUGAUCAAUGCCAUCUACGCCAUGGCUCACGGCCUUCACGACAUGCACAAGGAGCUGUGUCCAGGUCAGACCGGCCUGUGUGAAGCCAUGAACCCCAUCGAUGGCAGCAAACUGUUGGACUACCUGCUCAAGACCUCCUUCAGGGGCGUGUCAGGGGAGGACAUCUACUUUGACGAGAACGGAGACACGCCAGGAAGGUAUGACAUCAUGAACCUCCAGAAUGUGGGUGAUGGUCGCUAUGACUACCUUAAAGUGGGCUCAUGGCACGAGGGCAUCUUGAGUGUCGACGACAAUAAGUUAUGGAUGAACAGCAGUGAGAUGGUCCGUUCUGUGUGCAGUGAGCCCUGCUCCAAAGGGCAGAUCAAGGUGAUUCGUAAGGGUGAGGUGAGCUGCUGCUGGAUCUGCACCACAUGUAAAGACAAUGAAAUAGUGCAGGACGAGUUCACCUGCAAAGCGUGUGAGCUGGGAUGGUGGCCUGACGAUGAUCUGGCAGGUUGCCAGCCCCUCCCUCUCAAAUACCUGGACUGGGCAGAUGUUGAGUCCAUCAUUGCGGUGGUCUUCUCUUGUGUGGGCAUCCUGAUCACCUCCUUCGUCACCUUUGUCUUCAUCCAGUACCGGGACACUCCUGUGGUGAAGUCCUCCAGCCGGGAGCUCUGUUACAUCAUUUUGGCCGGCAUAUUCCUUGGCUACAUCUGCCCCUUCACCCUCAUUGCCCACCCCACAGUUGCCUCCUGCUACCUACAGCGCCUCCUAGUGGGGCUGUCCUCCUCUAUGUGCUACUCCGCCCUGGUGACUAAAACCAAUCGGAUCGCUCGUAUUUUGGCCGGCAGCAAGAAGAAAAUCUGCACCAGGAAGCCACGUUUCAUGAGUGCUUGGGCCCAAGUCAUUAUAGCAUUCAUGCUCAUCAGCGUUCAGCUAACAUUGGAAAUCACACUUAUUAUCUUGGAGCCGCCUGAGCCUAUCAAGUCCUACCCAAGCAUCCGCGAGGUCUACCUUAUAUGUAAUACUAGCAACUUGGGGAUGGUGGCACCGCUGGGUUACAACGGCCUUCUAAUCAUGAGCUGCACCUACUACGCCUUCAAGACACGCAACGUCCCAGCCAAUUUCAAUGAGGCCAAAUAUAUAGCUUUUACAAUGUACACUACAUGCAUCAUCUGGCUGGCUUUUGUCCCUAUUUACUUUGGCUCCAAUUACAAGAUCAUAACCACGUCUUUCUCGGUCAGCCUCAGUGUCACAGUUGCCCUGGGUUGCAUGUUCACACCCAAAAUGUACAUUAUAAUCGCCAAACCAGAGAGAAAUGUCCGAAGCGCCUUCACGACAUCGGAUGUGGUGAGGAUGCAUGUUGGAGAUGGGAAAUCGGCGCAGUGUGGCAGCAACAGUUUUCUCAACAUGUUCAGGAGGAAGAAGCCCGUGACUGGGAACGCCAAUUCUAAUGGCAAGUCUGUGUCAUGGUCUGAAUCAGGUCCAAGACACCCUCCGAAGGGGGGGAGUGUGUGGCACAGACUGUCUGUGCAUGUGAGGAAACAGGAAGCCAGCCUGAAUCAGACGGCGGUCAUCAGGCCCCUAACUAACACCCCCGACCCCCACAGCUGUGACCUCCCCACGGCCGACCUUGGCACAGACACCCAUACUCCCCCGGACCCACCUGGAGGCGGUCAAAAACCACCCCUGCACAUCGUGGCGGAAGAGAACACCGAGGACAGCACCCAGCAGCCAUUUUGGACCCCCACUUGCUCGGGACAAAAGCAGGAUUCUCAUUUGGGAUGUCCUACUGCAGUGGGGUUGGUUGACACCCAUAUUUCCCAUGUGCCAUCAUUAAAUGACCACCCCAAUAUUGAAUCCAAGUCUACCACUGAGCCUUUGAGCUUGACCCCCUCCCGGCUUCCUGCAGGGGGUGCCAUGGAGGAGAACACAGACCUAUUGCACAGCUACAUUUACAAGGGACAGCAGGAGGAGGUAGAGGAGGAGGCAGGGGAGGAAGAUGAUUUACUUCCACACAAAGCAGGUCUGGAGGAGUCCCUGGCCCUGUCUCCCCCCUCCCCGUUCAGAGACUCUGUUUGUUCGGGGGACUCGGGCAGUGGUAGCCCCCCCAGCUCCAUCUACACAGCCGACAUACUACGAGACUUUGCACAUAGCUCCUCUACACUGUGAGAGCAAAACUACGGUGAACACUCAUUGAUUUAACUGAUCUGCUUUUGCUUGUAUUUUUGCUUUUAAUGGAAUCAAAAUAUGAGUAAGAAUCAUCUGGUAACCCAAGGGCUGAUGGUAUGCAUAGCCUUCUUGUACAGAGCUUCAAGACUAUAGUGCCAAAAUGUUUUUAAAAGAAGGGAAUCGUGAAAAGGGAUGUAGCGGUUGAUUUAUUGAGGCUACAGGAGGAGCAAAAAUAGCUGGUGAGUGAACUGACUGUUUGUGCACUGUAAAACACUGGCUAACCACGUUUCAUGCCAGUUAUGAUUGAAUCAAGUUUGCUGCUCGACAUGGAAACGCAGUGGAUUCUCCUCCUGCCUUUUUAUUACUUCAACUCAGUUUUACUAUCAUGAUUAAACCGAAGAGAUACAAACCAAAUGAGGAUGGUGCAUUGUGUAAUGGUGCGGGUUUGUUUUUUUUUGCUAAUUUUAACCCAAAUAUCUUAUCCAUUAUGAUCUAUUUGUUAAUAACUAAGCAUUUUAUCUCUUUUUCAUUUAUCCAAAUAUUUUCAGUCUGUUUAUAAUUAUUUCUGUAGGAAGGAAAAAUAUGAAAAUACAAAGUUUAUGUAACCUCUGGAAAACAGUUUUUUUCCCCCAUAGCAGAAAAUGACAGUAUGUUGGAUAUGAUCAAAUGUGAUGAAAUUAGCAAACCAUUUUGCACAAUGCACCAGCUUGCUCUAAAUUAGGUUUGUACAUUGAUUUAAAAGGUGCAGUAAGUUCUUUAUUUUUACUUGUAUGUGUUACAAAACUACUGAGAUUCUACUGAAAAUGUGCGCUGUAUCCAGAUAUUCAUAAUGUGCCAAUCAAAGUUGUUAUUUAUCAACUUAACCCUGCUACCAUUUUUAUGAUGUAGCUGAUUUAGGUUAGGGUGACUGUAGAUAGCAUUGCGUUUACACUCAAUCAUAACCUGAGGAGGGCAAACUUUUACGAGCUCUGGGACUUGAUAAAAGACCUACUUUGACGUCCCCUGCCAUGUUGAUAUUUCUCAUGUUGAGUCAUUGUAAUGGAAAACACAGUACUUUGUGUACAAGUUUGUAUAAGCCAUCUAUUGUUUUUCACACAGGUGGUAUGUUUCUAAUACUGAUAAAUGUUUAUAUAUUUAGAAUGGCAAAAUUUAUACUUCUGUCCUGAUUGUUGUUGAGAAGCUGUGCGUUUGGUUUUUGAAUAUAAUUUUUACACUAACAUGACUGUAAACUCUAAUAUUCAGUUGUAAAUUUAACCAAUGAUCAGUUGCUUCUUGUAUAGAGAUUUUACAUUGCAUUAUGAGCCUAAGUAGUUUACUUGAAGUUAAGUUUCUUAGUUUCUUCUCUAUAAGAAUGAUUUCAGAGUACCAGAAUAUGCAGUACUUAGUGCCAUUGUAUUGUAUUUUCUAAUAUUUAAGUCUCUUAUAGUGUAAGUUGGUUUAUUAUUUUUAAGUAAGUAAAGUGUAAAAGGGUGCCACCUGUUAAACACUGUCAAGAACUACAAAUGAAACUGGCCUUUAUGUUUGAGCGAGUUGAACAAUGUGUAAAAAUAAAACUAUUUAUAUUAA